GUUCUGUGAAUUUUUCGUCUCAUUGAGAUGACGUCAGAUUUACGCCAUCAAGUCGUCGCCGAGGCUUAAAGCUGUGAUGGCUUCAGAAGACGAAGUUAGUCUUCUGGUCAUCGUAGUGGACGUGAAUCCAAUAUGGUGGGGGCAGCAAACGCAACGACAACCAGAGUUCACCCUGUCAAAAUGCCUGGACGCUGUGAUGGUCAUGGGUAACUCUCAUCUGAUCAUGACCAGGACCAACAAACUGGCCAUCAUUGCAAGCACCUGUCAGGAGAGUCAUUUCCUGUUUCCCAGUAAGCACUGGAAUUCUGGCGAUGGGGAUGACUCUGCGUCAGCUGGUGGCGAUGGCAAAUAUGAGCUCCUUUCAGUCGCUAAUGACUUUAUGGCAGAGGAGAUAAGGGCUCUCAUAGCACGGAUGGAGGUGAAAGGUCCCCAGACAGACACGUUGUUGGCUGGAUCCCUUGCCAAGGCCCUGUGCUACAUACAUCGUCUGUCUAAACAACUGGCAGCUGGCCAGGACAUGAAGUCCAGAAUACUGGUGAUAAAAGCAGCAGAAGACUGUGCUCUGCAGUACAUGAACUUCAUGAAUGUGAUCUUUGCUGCUCAGAAACAGGGUGUCCUUAUAGAUGCUUGUGUGCUCGACUCCGACUCGGGGCUCUUACAACAGGCUUGUGACAUAACAGGGGGUUUGUACCUCAAAAUACCACAACGGAUUGCCAUCGCACAAUACCUGCUGUGGGUGUUCCUGCCUGACUCUGAGGAGCGCUCCCAGCUGGUGCUGCCUCCGUCGGUCCACGUGGACUACAGGGCCGCCUGCUUCUGCCACCGCAACCUCAUCGAGAUCGGCUAUGUCUGCUCUGUCUGCCUGUCUAUAUUCUGCAACUUCAGCCCAAUCUGCACGACGUGCGAAACUGCCUUCAAGAUCCCGCUGCCUCUGGUCAAGGCCAAGAAGAAGAAAGUCAAGCCAGCGACGUGACUCCGGUGGUCACCUGUAUGCUGUGCCCACACAAGGACCUUUUUUUGGUGUGUAAUUGUAAGGCCUCAGCAGUGGACGAGUCUCGGUGUAGGAGGCUGUGUUCCUGAAGAGGCCCGGAGGUGUUGUCAUGGACUAUUUCAAACGGCUCAGUCAGCAAUUACUGAGAGGUGUUGUGUUCUAAUUCUACUGUACUGCCCCCUCUUUAGGUUAAACUGUACACACGCACGCACACACACACACGCACACACCCUCUCAUAUAUACUCACACACACACACACACACUCAUUUACAUACACACACACACACACACACACACACACACACACACACACACUCUCAUGCUCACACUCUCACAGACACACACACACAGAUACACACACACACACACACACACACACUCUCACACUCAUACUCAUACUCGCUCAUACACACACACACACACACACACACACACACACAUUGUGAACAGGCCAGUGGCUCAUAUUUUUAAGUCCAUUUAGAGAUGCUUGAGUUGUGGGAAGGGAGGGUUGUAAGAGGAAGCCUUCAUUAGUGUUUCCUAUUGUUAUUGUUAGCAUGAGACUUGACCUCUUUUACAAGCACGCCUCUUCCUGGCAGAUAUCAGGUUAUUGCCGAGAGCCGUUGUACUCUUCCCCACUUGCCAGUAUAAUGUGAGUUAUCUGCCCUGACAGAGUGUUUACAAGGGCACCCGUCGGUCAUAGUCUUAAGGCUCUGUUGGGGCAAAUGUAUUGCUUUGUUCAUGUUUCGGAAUGUGUAUUUUAGUUGUCAUUGCUUACCGUUAUUUUGUAAAAAAAAAAAAAAAGGAAAAAACUGAAUAAAGAGCUUGGAAAGCAAAGGUCAUGAAAAGAGAUUUGA